GGAGCGAAGAAUGAGAUAAGCAUCUUUCCACUCAGCGAGCAUCUGCACAGCUGCUGCAACUCUCUCUCUCUCUCCCUCGCUCGCUCUCUCUCUGUCUCUCUGACACACACGCACGCACACACACACACACACGCACGCACACGCGCACAAAGCCACAAGACCCCAUUCCAGCCUUCGAACGCUGGAAUUUGUGGUCGUAACCGACGUUAACUUUGCGCACAUGUUAACGGGAUCGCGCUACAAUGGCGUUACAGCUCCGCAACGUAACGGAAACGGAAUGAUUCGACGCGGAUUCACGUCGAGGAGCUGUCCGCGAUAGUUGAGGUGCUGAUGCGGGUCUGAGAGACGCUAGCAUGGCUGCCGGGAGACUGCUGCUGUACGCCGGCCUCUUGCUAUCGCUCUGCGCCCUUGGGAUGUUAGCCGUAGCUAUCUGCUCGGACCACUGGUACGAGACGGACGCCCGGCGGUACAGGGAGCGGUGCAGGAGCUUCAGCAGCCGCAGGAACGACCCGGGCUUCAUUUACAUCCCCAACAACAGCCUCCCGUUGCGCGCGAGGACGUCUAGGCUGGACCGCUGGGAGGAGAAGCUGCCGCUCGCCCGGAAUCAGCGGCAGCUGUUCGCCAUGAGCACGGCGGAUGAGUGCAGCAGACGGUAUAACUCCACCAACAUGGGGCUGUGGAGCACGUGCCAUCGACUGGGAUUCGACCAGGAUAUCGAAGACCUCAUUCGGAAAGGUUUCGUAACUAGAUGUUCCUUCAUCAAAUACCACUACUCCUCGGCAGCGAUCCCAAAGAAGCUCUCCUACAACAUCACCAAGACCAUCAGACAGGACGAGUGGCACUCCCUCCACCUGCGUCGGAUGACGGCGGGGUUCAUGGGAAUGGCGGUGGCCAUCAUCCUGUUCGGCUGGGUCAUCGGGGCGCUGGGCUGCUGCUGGGACCGGGGGCUCAUGCAGUACGUGGCUGGCCUGCUCUUCCUCAUGGGAGGAACCUUCUGCAUCAUCUCCCUGUGCACCUGUGUGGCCGGCAUUAACUUCGAGCUGUCCCGCUACCCCCGUUACCUGUACGGGCUGCCCGACGACAUCGGCCACGGGUACGGCUGGUCCAUGUUCUGCGCCUGGGGGGGCCUGGGCCUCACCCUCAUCGCCGGCUUCUUCUGCACCCUGGCCCCCUCCGUCCAGCCCCUGCCCCGCUCCACCUGCCCCAAGUCCCGGCCCGAGAACGGCACGGUGUGUUAAGGGAAGCCGCGCUGAGUCCUCCCGGCCACCAGGGGGCGAUCUGCAUCGGGAACCUCGCCCGGUACCACACAAGGACACCAGCCUGAGCUGCAGGCAGAAGGAACGCAGACAUGGCAUACAUCUAGAAUCAUUUCCAAUCUGUCUUGGAUAUGGAUACAGACAUUAAUAUUUUUAUUGUGUGUGUGAAAAAAAUUGAUGAGCUCUCUUGUAUAGACUGUAGAAAUCUGUGGCAAAUGUAAACAAAAUGGGACAACAAAAAACAAAAACAAAAAAAAAAAACAACUGAGGAGAGAAAUCGGUGAAGCUUUUAGGCCAUUUUGGUGCUCACAAUAUGCCGCAAGGCUCUUUUAUCCUGUGGACUCUGGUCUAGGCCGUGAAUCAGUAGUCUUUUUUUCCUGGAUCCGGCAAUACAAGGGGAAAGUCUGGGGAAACGAAGACAGCGAGUUGGUUUUUUUGAAAUUCAAACCUGGAAAAAAGGGGGCUCACCUGGGAAAAGGAGGCUCACCUGGAAAAAUGAGGGUGCGGAACACUUCUGGACAAUUCCGUGCUCCUGGAGUGGGAGGAGAUGAGUUAACUUGCCGUGAUUGGCUCUCAGUCUGUGCCGUUUGUGGGCUGCACACGAUAGGUCUGGGCUGUGAUUGACAGGUUGGAGGAACUCGCGGAUUCUCGACGGUGGCGGAUGCUUCUGGAGCGGCAGGUUCCAGAGAGCUCCUCUCUCCACAGCAGCGAGAAAAAAGACUAAAUUCCAUCCAAAUGAGAAACGCCAUGAAUGAGGUUUGAGACAGGCUACCCCAGACCUUGCUGUGCUGUAGUUGAGCUUUCCAAUGGUGACGCACUGCAAGGGGGACACAGUUCCUAAACUUGCCAGGUUCCACCUUGUACAAAAUUGUAUAGGGAAUUAACUGAAAACCAUAUUGGAUUGAUUUUUUUUUUCAUUUUGCAAAGACAUUCCAUUCUUCCUGGUUCCGUCCAGGGUUAUGCCCAUUGAAAUAGAGUUGCGCCAGCCUGUGAGGAGCACCAUUCUGAUUGGGUGGCUCAUUAUGAAUAUUAACGAAGGGGUGUGGUUGAAUGUUGAACAUCCAUAGCUGACAUAACAAUGCAGACCACCCCAGAAUGUCCUUACAAACUAGAACAUCCUCAGUAAGUAUGGAGGACAAAUGAGGACAGAGUUGAGCUGUUUGUGGUCCCAUGAGCAGUCUCAAAUCGUGCACUAAGAGCACCAUCCCUGCUCUUUUCACCACUUUUCUAUGCACUAAAAAGUAGUAUGCAGAUUUAGGCAUAGUAUGGUUUAGCAGGUCCCAGAUGGUCCACAAAACAAUUGCCAGAAAUUCUAGUGGGCCCGCUGGGUACCAUUCCAUUAAUCCCAGCAUGCAUCACUCCCAUGAAAUGGGGAAGUGUAGUUCGACAGCAAGUGUGCAGUGCUGGUAGAGUAGAGAAACAAUGCAAUGAAAAUAAAACGUCUCUGCAUUCAAACACCAUGUACUCCAAACACCCAGAUUGGAACACAGUUUUAAAUGAGAUAUUAUUCCAAUGCAGACCAGAUUUCCAGAUAGUAAUGAUUCUCUAGUACGAAGAGUUAUUUUUGUACACUGCACCCAAUUCCAGUAAAAUCUAUAGACUUUAUAGAGCAAUUAGUGAGCCUAUACCUACUCAUCAGGCUAGUUAGAGUAGGAAUUUAGUACUCGAUCUGAGACCAAGCUAUGGAAGUUUGUUCUGCUGUGGCAUGAAUGAUUGUAUGUGUCACAGUUCGGCUUAACAUCUAUUUUAAUGGCCGCAGUGCUGUGUGGGUGCAAAAACAUUUGUGUUUAACUUCAUUGUGUUUUCUUUCAAACCACCCAUCCCAGGUUUUCUGCUUGAGAGAGUGUGCGCACAAAUGCCAUUUUUCACUGUCAUAGAUACUGUGUAAGUGCACCGUGGGUGUUUUACAAUCUCUGUAAAAAAUAAAAUAAGAAAAUCAGUUGUAAAGACUCUAAUUAUGAUAGCUAAAUCACCCGCCUCGGUGUAAGAGCAGGACGUCUCCUGAUCGGAAAGGUGCAGUAUCCUGUUUCAGCGACAGGCCUCCAUCUUGUUUUGGAGGCCUCACUCAGAGAUAUAUUUAGCGAAUCUUGUGGAAAAACCCCCGACAUUGUCCAGUAGAAACCUGUCCUUUCUCUCUUCCUGGGGUCAGCAUGCAAAACAAAACUUCAUUUAUUUUUAUUUUUUAUUUUCUUCUGCUACUGUGUUAGCAUAUGACAUCACUUCUGAAGAUACCUUCUCUAAAAAAUAAGAGGAAAAGGGAUUGAGUGGUUGGACGUCAGGCAUGCAUAUCAGCUUUUUAAUGGCUUUCCUAUUUGAUUUGUUUUUGGUACGUGAUAAAACUACAUCUGUUUAUAGAAUUGUUGUUUAGAUACUAUUUCAUUUGGUUCUAACUUUGUUUUGUUAUUUUCGCAUGACAAGCUGGGGCUUUUGUUCACAGAUGCGGUGGAUUAAGGCCCUUCAGGAUUGAGGCGUUCUCUGGUUCAGGGGCUUCCCGUACUGCAGGAAGGCUCACCCUUCUGUGUGUAGCGUAAAGGUCACUCUCACGUUAAUAUGUUUGCAUUUGACUUUGUAUUGUAGGAACUGAACGGAAAUAAUAUAGAAAAUGGCUCUUAAACGCUUUAGAAGAUAGAAGCGAAUGUUCGACAGACACCCUUUACUUGAUACAAAGAUCAGUGUAGACCCGUUAUUGCAAAUCAACAGCCAUUGACAUUACGCCCCUAGAUAUGGAGUCAAUUCCCAGUAUCCAAGUCGACCGAAUAAUUGUGACAGGUUGUGAUCUGUCACAGACAAUUAGUCACUUUGAUCACAGUGCUUUUCUCUGCAGAGACUGAAUUUCUCAGCUAUUUGAAUAAAAUAGCCACACACCCCUCACCCCAAUUAAAUAAACCCCCCCACCCCAAUUAAAAUAAACUCCACUUAAUGCUAUGAAUCCUAUUGCCUCUAAGGUUUCAUUGACUGGCCUUCAAGUUUCACGUAUUUCUCUGUUCCAAACAACAUCCUUCCUAAGUCUCCAUCCAAGAGUAGUGCAGCCUAUGUUUGAUAUCAGAGUGAAUCGUAAAAACAGUUGAGUGAAUUAAAAGGGUUCUUGUAAGAAUUUGUGUCCUUCUUCAUUUGCACCUCAUGGUCUAGAUAUUUUUUAAAAAAGGAUUUCUUUGAGUGUGCGUUAAGAGUGCGAUUGGGCAUGAAAUUAUAACUCAAGUGGGUGCACUUCACAAGCCAUUACACUUCCCCUCUUCCUCAGUCCACCGUGGAAGAUAAAAGCAGGGCCUGUUCCAUCAGAAAUGUUUCAGACAAAAUACUGAAGCAGGAAAGACAUCCACAAAAAAAACACCUAAAAGAGUCUCUUAUUUAGCACCCCUACAUUUCUUUUCCUUAUGUUUCUUUGGCAUACAUGCAAAAAAUUUCCCCACAAAUUUUCCAAAACAAAUCAUAUACUUUAGAAUUUGUGUGUGAGAAUUGCUUUGAAAGCAUCUAAUUUAUCGGAUUCAUGUGGCAAAAAUUGUCAUGUGUUAAUAUGUUUGAUAAAUACAGUAACAUUUAUUUACAAAAUUAAUAAUAUUGUAUUUAUUUUUACAAUACACCCAGCAAUUCUUAUGGUUCAGUCAUGUAAAACUCAAAGGCAAGAAAAUGUGUUCUUGGUUUGCAUAGAUCCUUUAAACUUUUUUGAUAAAUGUCAUUUUGAUAAAUGCCUUCCUGUCCGCUUUCUUUGUGUUGAAUGAGAGUUAUCUUCCUGAAACCAGUGCACUAGAAUUUCCCCUCUGUUAAUAAAUCAUGUCAUCAUGUAAACAUGGUUGUAAAAUAUGUCAAAUAAAUUACUGGUAAGUCUCUCGUGGACUGAAGGUACCAUUUAGAAUAUGCUAUCUGCAUAAUUUUAGGAAAUGUAUAGCUUAUGUAUUUUUAUUUUUCUUCCUGAUUAUGUAAAAUAGUAUUCAAGGUCUCUGGAAAACAGAGAUACUGCAACUUUCAUUUUAACAAACAUAAAAAAAUGCAAAUCUGUCAACCCUUUACAUGAGUAAUCUUUGUCUGUUAAGUAAGACCACUUAAAAUAAAAAAAUAAAAAAUAAAUCCUGGCGAUGUCCAACUGUGGAAUGUAAAACCAUGCAAAAUAAAAUCUCAUUUGUGUG